GCGUCUGUGCUUUCUUCGUGCAGGAUCACCCAGAUCAAGACGUACUCGUGGGACAAUGCUCAGGUGAUAUUAGUGGGGAACAAGUGUGAUAUGGAGGAACAGCGGCUGGUGAGCGCCGAGAAGGGCAAGCGCCUGGCGGACCAACUCGGCGUGGAAUUCUUCGAGACAUCCGCCAAGGAGAACGUCAACGUCAAGUCCGUGUUCGAGCGGCUGGUGGACAUCAUCUGCGACAAGAUGUCGGAAAGCCUGGACUCGGAUCCGAGUCUAUUGAACAGGGGGAGCGGGACGAAGUUGACGGAUAACCUCGGCGGGGGGAAAUCCGUGGGGAACUCCUGCUGCUGAGGGGAAACCGGGAGCGCACGGUUUUCCACAAUACUUCUCCGCCUCGUCGAUGUAUCGAAAAUAAUAAUUAUUAUCUGUUUUUCGUGUACGUGUAUAAGUGUGCUUGAGAGACAAGAAAGGGGGAAGGUGUUUCGUGUCCAUCCCUGUGAUCGCAGUGACAAGUUUUCCUUCUCGGCGGCAAGUUCCCCCCUCUGCCGCCAGUAGCGCAACGCGUCCUCGUCUCGCUUCCAUAGAGCGAAAAUGCAAAUCCCGCGUGCCACAUGCGAAGACUUGCACCGGAGGGCGGACGUGCAAGUUUUCCUGCAUAUCAGUGUAUACGUUCCAUUCCACGUGUGACCCGACAUUCCGACGACCCAGGAAAACUUGCGUCUUCCACGGAUGGAGUCGCACAAGAGAGGAUUCAGGAGGACGGAAAAUCCAGGCAGUUGUACAGUGUGUGUGACCCCCAAAUUUCACGUUAUUACUACCUCCAUUAUUUAAAAGCGACAGGAAACAGUAGGAUCACCACCUGAUGUGAGGCUGGAAUAGAUGAGAGUGAAUAAAAACCAAACGGUUGUUCGUUCUUCGUUAUAUCAGACAGACC